AUGCCCGCAACAAAGGACCACUCCUCGAAAUACGCAUACAGUCGAUCCAUUUCACAAAGUGGCAUGUCCAUGUCAGCGAAGGUCUAUCACCCGGCCACCAACUUGCUACCACCAUCACCACCUCUAUCACCAACCGGAGUGGCACCGGCCUUCGGAUCCAGCACAAGAUCUACUAACACAUGGACCAGGCAAAACAGUCAAAGCAACGGGAAAUAUUCUUGA